AUGCAAGGAAAAUUUCACAUCAUGAUUGAAUCAAUGGAAUCAAUGAAACGAAAAAUGGAAGAUUUAGAGUUUCAGGUGAAGAGAGUAAGGAUCUCAUCUGAAGCCUCAACAAUCCCUACACAAGAAAUUGAUAAUGAAACAGAUAUUGUGAGAUCUAUUAUGUCAAAUCCACAUAAUGUGAUGUACUUUCCUUUUGCUGUCAAUAUACAAGAAUCUAUCAACUAUAUAAGUAUAUCAAAUCAUGCUCACAAAGGGCGUUUCCAUGAUCCUCCUACUUCUAGUGCUGAAAGAGAUUAUCAAGAAUAUUUUAGACAACAAUGUAUACCUCUGACAGUGGAAAAGGUAAAUGAAGAGAUUAUCUACCAUUGCACUGCAUGUGCAGUUCUUAAGUAUGAUAAUUCAGGAUGGCAGUGGCUUAUUACACUUCUUCAAUGGACUCCAGAAGAAUUAGGGUGGAGAGAGACAGAAAUUUCUUACAAUAAAAAUUCUGAUUGCAUUAAACUUCUAAAAUGGCUAGGACAUGGAAGAACUGCACAGGUCUUUGAGGGGAUUGUUUUAAAGGGACAGCAUGCAGAUCACAGGAUUGCAUUAUAUAAUGAAGAAUUGAAGGAUCUGUUAUCUGAUAAUGAUCGAGAUAAAUUGAUAGUUUCCAUGAAGGGUUUGAAGAAUCAUAAAGAGAUGGAUAUAAACAAUGCCAGUGAGGGCAUUGAUAUUUCAAAGCAAGGGGUGAUUAGAAGGAAAACUGCAGAAACCAACUAUAAUAAAAAGUCAAGUCGUUCCCACUCAAUAUUUACAGUAACAGUUGAAAUGUCAUUGAAUGAUGAAAAAUUGACAAAAGUUGAAAAAUUGAAUUUUGUCGACUUGGCAGGAUCAGAAUGUGUUGCUCUCACAGGUACCAAUGACACACGCUCAAAAGAAACCGGAAACAUCAAUACUAGCUUGUUAACACUUGGUCGAUGCAUUAAUUUACUUGGUGAAAAUUCUGGACAUGGGCAUGUUCCUUAUACCAAAUUGACCCAAUUAUUAAAAGAUUCAUUUGGUGGAAACACCAAAACAACAAUGAUUGCAACUAUAUCACCGGUGGAAGCAAACUUAUCAACAUUAAAUUAUGCAAGUCAAGCCAAAAAUAUCAUUAAUAAGCCAGUCAUAAACAGGAAGGAAGGACCUUGUAAUUUACAAAAUGAAAUAUUUAAAGAAGAAAAUACAAAAAUCAAAGAUUUGCAUGAUCUAAAUCAGAAUUUGAAUUUAGAUGAAAAAGAUGGAUCAGUGCGAAAAGCAAUGGCGGAAUUACAAAAAUCAGUUAAUGAUGACCCUGAAGAUGAUAUUGAAGAG